AUGCUGCGACUCGGCUCGCCGCUGUCCACGUCAGUCAGUAGCCUGCGCAGCUCGUCCCCGUUGCGGCGAUCCUCUGUGCCGGGAUCGCCGAGUGUACUCUCCAAGGCCAAGAGCUUGGGCGGUAAAGGCCGGCGGCGGUUCACGUGCUGGCGAUGCGUGGCGGCGGGGAUGCUGGGGCUCGUCGCGCUGCUGGCCGCGGAGCAGUUUAGCAGUCGCAGCCUGUUCCUCGACUUUAGUACGCUCGACAAACUCGCCGAGAAAAAAGCACCCCUCUCCCCACCACCGCCGCGUCCCCCCACCCUUUCCCACCCACCUCCGUUCCCCUCCCCACUUCUCCUCUCCCCCUUCUUACCGCCAUCUCGUUUUCCGGGCGCGGAAGGCGGCGGAGCGGAAGGAGACCCCCGUCUGCUGGAGGGGCGGGGAUCGGGCGGAGCCUUGCGGAUGCGCCUACAGGAGCAGCGAGGCGGAUGGGGCAAUGGGGGGAUGGGCAUAGGCGGAUUUGCCGGGGGAGGGAUGCAGGGAGGAUUCGGAGGGGUACAGAGUGGUGGAGAUUGGAAAGCGCGGAUGGCAACGCAGCAGCAGGGAGGGAUGAACUCGCAGGGAGGUCUAAUGGGGGGAGCACAAGAUGCGAGGUGGCAGGAUGGACGGCAAGCGCAGGGGCAGAUGCGCGCCGAUGGGCAGGGCUUCGAGCAGGACAGACAGCAGCAGGAGCAACAGCAGCGGGUGCUGCCGCAGCAGGAGAUGCAGAUGCAGGUGCCGCUUCAGCAGCAGCAACAGCUGCAGCAGCAGCGAGGAGGGGAGGAGGCGGCGGGUGAGGAGGGGGCGGUGGAGGAGAAUUGCGACGAGUGCAGGGCGGAGGUCACCAGACUGCUGGGCCUCUAUGGACCUUCCUCCUCUUCUCCCUUUCCCCCUGUCCCCCGCACAUCCCUUCCCUUUCCCGCUUAUUCCCACCAUCCCCAUGCCCCCCAUGGACCAGCAUAUUCACAGCGCAGGGCACAGAUGUACGGCGCCCGCCGUCGCCUGCUCGCUCUGCCGCACGCCCUUACCGCUUGCCUUCCUCCACACAUCAUCGCCAACCUCUCCCUCCUCCUCACCGCCUCGCAACCCCUAAAAUCACCCAAUGGCCCUUCCUUGGAGGCACCUGGUCAGGAUGAGUCAGCAGACCGUGAUGGUGAUGUGCCAGCGAGCAGGGGCAGACGUGGUGAGCACGGUCACUUGAGAACGGCACAAGGGACGGACGCGAGGAGACUGGAAAGCCGUUGGAGGAUUAGAGACAUGGAGGAGGGUGGGAGCAGGGAGAGUGGCGCAGUGGUAGCACUGGGUGCAGAUGGGCAUGAAAGGGAUUCGUGGAGUGCAGGGGGGGAGCUGACGGCGAGAGAGAGGGGAGAGGAUGAAUCUUCGUUAGGAUUGGGCGGAACAAGAUUGUUGGGGCGGAUAGUUGGGGAAGAGGAAGGGGAAGACGCGGAUUGGAUGGAGGAAGGGGCAGAUGGUGGGCGCGGGGAUGGGGAGGGCGCAGGGAUGGCAGGGGGAGGGCGGCGAUUACUGAAGGCGUCCCCAGUGGAUGUGCUACAGGCGAAGCUGGUGACGAUGCAGAGCGACAUUGAUGACCUCAAGGCCAAGAUCGACAGCGUCAAGGCGAGUUUGGAGGAGCAGGCGCAGGCGAUGCAGAGAGUGAAGGACUUUCUUUACGACCAGGGCGACUGGGCUCCCAAGCUGCUCACUGAAAAGGCGCACAACCGUACUGUGAGCAUGUUGGAGCAGCAGUGCGUGCUGGCGCUCAAGGACAAGGCGGGCAACGCUGUCAAGCAGGCCAACAUGCCGCCACAACGCCCCACCUCCUGGAAGGGCUACUACUGUCAGGCGAGUCCAGCGGAGCUGGCCAAGUACCACAAGUACCGGCUGCACAGGCAGUGUCCGGACGACUGGUUCUUUGUGCAGGACCUGCUCUACGCCAAGGACUGCUUCCACCUCCCCAUCCGCAACUGCUUUGCCCGUGCUCCCACCAACCCCUCCGAGCCGCUGCCAUUCCCACAAUCGCUGUUUGACCAGCGCGCGCUCAAGGACGAGAACGUGCGGUGGGGCAGCCACCACUGCAAGUCCUUUGCGUGCCUCAACGCGCGUGCGCUGGGCGACUGUCGCAACUGCUUCAACCUCACGCUCGAGAGCUACCGCUGGCAGCGCGCCUACCGCGGCUCACAAACCAUGGCUGACGUCAUCAAGCUCAAACGAGGGGCGCUCAGGCUGGGUCUGGAUGCGGGUGGAGGAACGGGCAGCUUUGCAGCGCACAUGGCGCGGUACAAUGUGACAGUGCUGACCACGGCCAUGAACAGCGAGACAGUGAACGGCAACUAUGGCGGGCUGCCCUACAUGGAGACCAUUGCGCUCAGAGGUCUCAUCCCCCUCUUCGUGCCCCACAAGGCGCGGUUGCCGUUCUACGACAACACGUUGGACAUCAUUCACAGUGUGAACAGCGUCAAGUACCUGCCCAUCCUUGACUUCGAAGAGCUUGUCUUCGAGUGGGACCGCGUCCUGCGACCAGGUGGCAUAGUGUGGUUUGAGAUGUUCUACGCGCCGGUGGACGAGAUGCCCCUGUACGUGGCCGUCAUUGACCUGCUGCGGUACCGCCGCCUCAAGUGGGGCUUCUCCCCCAAGCCAGAGUCCGGCGAGCGCAAGGGCUUCCACCUCUACCUCAACGCCAUCAUUGAGAAACCCGCCCGCCCUGACCCGGGGAGUGCUGCUGCUCGUACUGCUGCUGGGACUGCUAGUGGUGGCGUAACUGCUGCUGCUGCUGCUGCUGCUGCUGCUGCUGGUGCAGCGAAGAAGGCUGCGGUUGCAAGCAGAAGAGGUGCUCAGGGAGGGAAAAGUGUUGCAACAACUGACAGAAGAAAGGGAGCGAGUAUUGGAGUCGUUGCCAAGGGAGGGAAUAAAGGGCCUGUGGUGGAGAAAGGGAGAGGGGGCAAGGGAGUCCCUGCUGUCCCAGCUGCAGCAGGUGGGAAAGGCAGGACCGGAGGUGCGCAGGGGAAGAAAGGCGGUGCCCCUGCCACUGCAGGUAAAGGGCAUGCAGUCGCUGCUAAGGGAGCAGCUAAGGCAACGAUUGCCAAAGGAGCUGCAACAGGGAAAGUGGAAAAGCAGGCAAUAUCUCAGGUGGCUGACGCGAUAGUAACUGACGCCGUCAUGUCGCGAUCAGGCCGCAAGUCCCUCUGGCACCUCUUCCGGGCGGCGCUCUUUCCGCCCAAGGGCCGUCCGCGCAAGGCUUCUCGUCUGCCGGACCGCCCCUCGUCCCCGCAUGCAAGCGACAGCAGUGUUACUAGGGCUUCUCCUUCGCACCGCGCCGCAGCGGGAGGCGCAGGGAGCGGCGCGGGAGAGGAUGGGGGCGGCGCGGCGGGCAACAUGGCGGCGGAGGUGCAGCUGGCGGUGGGCGGCAUGGCGUGCGCGGCGUGCGCGGCGUCCAUCGAGAAGGCGCUGAUGCGCGUUGACGGCGUGUCGCGGGCCGUGGUGUCCGUUGUUAACGGGCGCGCGCGAGUGACGUUCAACAACAUGAAGACUAACGCGGACGACAUCGCGGCAGCGGUGGAGGAUGCGGGGUUUGAGGUCACCGCCAUGGACGAUCCGCUCUCCGCUGCCGCCGCCCUUUACCCCGUGGGGGGGGCGCGCCCCUGCCGCCUGCGCAUCCCCGACCUGCUGCUCGUCAGCUCCGCCGGCUCGCUGGAGGAAAUGUUACAGGGCCAUGCGGGCGUGUUAUCCGCGAUCGUCUCUCUCUCUACGGCCGAGGCGCACGUCGUCCUCGAUUCCACCGCGCUCUCCCCCGCCGAUCUCCUCGCCGCCGUGCACCACGCGGGCUUCCCCUCCGCGCAUCUCAUCGACGACUCCGCCGCUUCCGCCGACGCGCCCCAGGCGCACACUCUCCGCUACCGCCUCCACGGCCUCGCCGCCGCCGCUGCCUCCGCACUGCCCGUGCGAUCCCCCGCGGGCGGGAACGGAUCCCCGCGCGGAAGCGCAACUGGUUCCGCGCGCGCGGCACCGCUUCCGCUGCCCGCGCGCAUAGAGGCGGUGCUGUGCGCGCUGCCGGGAGUGUCGGCCGCGGCAGUGCACGCGGAGAGCGAGACGGCCGCAGUGACGUUCGACCCCGACCGCACGGGCGCGCGCGACAUUCUCGAGGCGCUGCAGGCGGAAGUGGCGGGGGUGGGCGGGGUGGCGAAGGUGGAGCUGGCGGAGAGCGAGGGAGGCGGGGUAGGAGGGAGCGCGGGCGCGAAGGAGCGGGAGCGGGAGGUGCGGAAGCUGUGGCGGCAGUUCGUGUGGAGCCUGGUGUUCACGGUGCCCGUGUUCCUGCUCGCCAUGGUGCUCAACCACAUCCCGCCCUUCGACGCCUGGCUCAUGACUCCCGUCAUCAACUCGCUGCCCAUCGGCAUGCUGCUGCGCGGGCUGCUCACAGCACCAGUGCAGUUCGUGGUGGGGUGGCGCUUCUACACGGGCGCAUUCUAUGCUCUAAGGCGGCGAGCGGCGAACAUGGACGUGCUGGUGGCCAUGGGCACCAACGCUGCCUUCUUCUACUCCCUCUUCGCCCUCAUCGCCUCCGCCGCCACGCCCCUCCCCUCCCCCUCCCCCUCCCCCGCCGGCUCCGCCGGGGCGCCUCCCAGCGCCGCCACCGCCGCCGCCACUAGUGGCGGUGGUGCGGUAGCGCAUGUGGCGCGCAUGAUUAUGGAGGGUAUGGAGGGGGGCGGGGAGGCGUCUGCAUCCGCGUCCGCGUCGGCAUACGCGGGGGUGGAUUUCUUUGAGACGAGCGCGAUGCUGAUCUCGUUCAUCGUGCUGGGCAAGUACCUGGAGGCCGUGGCGCGCGGGCGCACCAGUGACGCCAUCGGCAAGCUGCUCAACCUCGCCCCCGCCACCGCCGUGCUGCUCUCCGUGGACACCGGCUCACAGGGGGGAGCGGAGCGCGCGGAGCAGGGGAGCGCCGCGGGAGGAGGCGAGGGGAAUGGGGAGGGGGAGGAAGAGCGGUUGAUUGGUGAGACGGGGGAGGGGAUGCGCGUGGUGGGGGAGCAGGAGAUAGAGGCGGCGCUGAUUCAGCGUGGGGACAUCAUCCGUGUGGCACCAGGAGGCAAGAUGCCGGUGGAUGGCGUGGUGGUGUGGGGACACACUUACGCCAACGAGAGCAUGGUCACGGGGGAGGCACGCCCCGUGCUCAAGGAGGUGGGCAGCGCUGUCAUCGGUGGCACGCUCAACCUGGGCGGCAGUGUGCACGUGCGUGCCACACGCGUCGGCGGCGAGACGGCGCUGGCGCAGAUCGUGAAGCUGGUGGAGGCGGCGCAGAUGGCCAAGGCGCCCAUCCAACGCGUGGCAGACCAGAUCUCAGCCGUCUUUGUGCCCACUGUCGUGCUGCUGGCACUGGUGGUCUUCCUAGCAUGGCUCAUCACGGGCUACCUCGGCACCUACCCCGCGUCCUGGCUACCAACGGGCAUGACGCCAUUCGAGCUGGCACUGCAGUUCGGCAUCGCAGUGCUGGUCAUCGCAUGCCCGUGCGCGCUGGGGCUCGCCACGCCCACAGCGGUCAUGGUGGCCACGGGGGUGGGCGCGCAGCAGGGCAUUCUGAUCAAGGGCGCGGAUGCACUGGAGAGGGCGCACAAGAUAGAGGCGGUGGUGUUUGACAAGACCGGCACGCUCACACAGGGCAAGCCCAGCGUCACCGCCACGGCUCUCUUCACCUCGCGCCUCGCCAUGCCCGACCUCCUCGCGCUGCUCGCUGCUGCUGAGGCGAACAGCGAGCACCCCUUGGCCAAGGCUAUCGCCGACUACUGCAUGCACUCGCCCCUCCUCCCCUCCUUGCUCCCAUCCCUCUCCCACAUCCCACUCCCGCCCCUCCCCCUCCCCCCUUCUGCCUCUGCCUCCUCCUCCACCUCCUCCUUUAGCAAAGCUCCACCCUCGCUUCCUCUUUCCCCACCUCCCUCGCCUCCCUCGUCCCCUCCUCCUCUCCUCCCUCUCUCUCAUCCUGGCACCGCAGUCGAGCUAUGCAGCUUCUCCUCUGGCCCUUCAACUGCUGCCCCUGCUCACAAUGUUACCAACAGCAGCAGCAGCAACAGAGGAGGUCUUUCAUCUCUCCCUCCAGUCGACUCCUUCCACUCCAUCCCAGGCCAUGGAAUCAUCUGUCAAAUCAGCGGUCGCCACGUGGCAGUGGGCAAUUUGAAGCUGAUGCGAGACCCACCCACCAUCGACCCCUCAUCCGAGCCUUCCCCCACUGCACUCCCCUGCACAACUCCACUGCCCGUGCCAGCACGAGCAGAGCAGUGGCUGGAGGAGGUGCAGGCAGACGCACAGACGGGCGUGCUAGUGGCACUGGACGGCCAGGUGGUAGCAGGCGUGGCAGUAUCAGACCCUGUGAAGCCCGAGGCAGCGCCCGUGGUGGCCUUGCUCAAGGCAAUGGGCAUGCACCCCGUGCUUGUCACUGGGGACAACUGGGGCGCCGCCAGGGCCGUGGCGCGCGCAGUGGGGAUAGCAGACAGCGACGUGGUGGCAGAGGCGGUGCCACAGCACAAGGCGGAGUAUGUGCGGCAGAGGCAGGCGGAGGGGCAGCAGGUGGCCAUGGUGGGCGAUGGGGUGAAUGACUCCCCGGCGCUGGUAGCGGCGGAUGUGGGCAUGGCCAUAGGUGCCGGCACGGAUAUUGCGAUAGAAGCAGCUGACGUGGUGCUCAUGCGGUCGUCGCUGGAGGAUGUGAUCACAGCCGUUCAUCUGGCACGCACUGCGCUAACUCGCAUCCGGCUGAAUUAUGUGUGGGCGUUGGGGUACAACGUGCUGGGCAUCCCCAUUGCUGCUGGGGUGUUCUUCCCCACGCCCCUGCACUUCCGCCUGCCUCCCUGGAUCGCCGGUGCUGCCAUGGCCCUGUCGUCUGUGAGCGUGGUGUGCUCGUCCCUGCUCUUGCGCCGCUACAAUCGCCCGGCUAAGCUCGAUCUCAUUGCACUGCAGGUGCAGGGAUGA